AUGGCUUCCACACGAUUCAGUAGAUUUAUCACCCUUAAACUAUUCCUCAUUUUGACACUCGUCACUAUUGCCCAAGGAAAAGGAGGAAGAUGGGGAGGAGGAGGAAAAGGAAAGCCAAAGCCAAAGGACAGAGAUGUGCUCAAAUGUCUCUACAUAACACCCGCCGGCUACGCUGACAAUCCGGCUGCCACAAAAUCCAGAUAUACCAUCACCGUCACUUCUGGGAGUGUUAUUUCCACUCCAACUUACGGUAAGAAAUGGAAAAUCCUCCUUUCAUAA